AUGUCCGGCGCCGGAUAUGAUGUGGGCGACCUAGGACACACUGACUUGCAAGAGGAUCUCGAGUUCCACUCCUCAAACUUCAGUACCGACCCGUCCUCGAGCUCCCGAAAGAUUCCAGGCGGCUCCCCAGGCCUACCUGCUCCUGUAACUGCCAGCAGCGGUUCCUCCAAGCGAUUCCUGUGGUCCCUAUCCUUCUACGCCCAGUUCUUCGACGUCGAUACCACCUCAGUCUUAUCAAGAUGCUGGGCCGCGCUAUAUCCCCGAGCGAACUUCCUCGAUGUGCUGGAGGGAAAUCCUGAUCUUUAUGGCCCGAUAUGGAUUGCGACUACAGUUGUGUUUAUUCUGUUCCUAGGCGGAACAAUCAGCAAGUACCUGGCAGAAUCUGGGGAAGGGCAUUUUGUGUAUGAUUUCAAGUUGCUUAGUGGUGCUGCUGGUCUUAUAUAUGGCUACACAUUGUUCGUCCCUGUUGCGCUCUUCCUCGCCUUAAAAUAUUUCGGCAGCGAAUCUGCCAAUCUUCUCGAAUGUUGGGCGUUAUAUGGCUAUUCGAAUCUCAUAUGGAUCCCCGUAGCGCUUAUCUCCUGGUCAUCGAUAACAAUCUUGAACUGGGUGUUUGUGGGGGUAGGUUUUGGUCUCAGCGUAGCGUUUCUCCUGAGAAACCUCUACCCGGUCCUGAGCGCAACGGAUAAGCAGACUAGCAAGGUUCUCUUAAUACUGGUCGUCGUUCUCCAUGCUGCGCUCUCUAUUACGAUCAAGUGGUUAUUCUUCGCACCUGAUAGCCCGAUCAAAAAGGUGGUGGACGGCGACGGCAACGGCGAAGAACCUCCAAAGUUUCUGAUGUUCUGA